UUGACUCUCUCUUCUCUCUCUCUCUCUCAUAGAGACGGUGGUUAUUCCAAAUUUCCAUGGCUGCAUUAUGAUGAAAUCUUUGAACAAUAUUUAAAUUCUUUACCAUGUGGAUUUCAAUUGGAACAAGGGAAUCUGUAUCAUUUCAUUUACAGUCUCUCUCUCUCUCUCAACCUCUAUCAGUUGCUUUGUUUGGUACAUUAUGUGGAUUCUUCUGGAUUUUCUUCAUGCAUCGCCGUUCUCUCAUUGACGAACAAUUCGAUUUCGUCGAUUUUCUAACAGGAAUUCGUGUUUUGUAUUGAACCUGCGAUCUUGGAUCUUUAAAAGCUGUGUGUUCUCUGGUUGGCUACCAGAGAACGCUUAUCAAAUUUCUGGCCGCCAAAAAGGAAAUAGAGAACAAAUUGUAGAGGAGAAAUAUGUUGUCUGUUCAGAAAUGGAAGUGUUCAUGGUCAUUGGUGGCAUCCAUUGCUUCAUUUUUGGCUUUAGUUUCAAUUAUCCAUCUGUUCUUGUUUCCUGUUGUGCCUAGUUUCGAUUACUUAAGUUUCCGGCAAUCUCAAUCCACAUGUAUCCCAAUCAAUGAAGGAACAACCGUUAAUCAAAAUCAGAGUCAGAAACAACUUCAGCAGCAGCCGAAGUUUAAUUUAGAUGUUCGGUUUCCUUCUGAUUUACACAAUUCAGUUGUGUACAAUGGCGCUCCUUGGAAGGCUGAGAUUGGUCGAUGGUUAUUUGGUUGUCAUUCAGUUGCUAACCCCGUCAAGAUUGUCGAGAGUAUUGGUGGCAAGAGCUGCAAAAGUGGGUGUAGUGGUCAAGGUGUGUGUAAUUAUGAUUCAGGUCAAUGCCGUUGCUUCCUUGGGUAUCAAGGAGAAGGAUGCUCUGAUAAACAAGAGUUAAGUUGCAAUUAUGAAGCAGCAGAAAACCUGCCUUAUGGGCGUUGGGUUGUCUCCAUCUGCUCAGCUUAUUGUGACAAAACAAGAGCAAUGUGUUUCUGUGGAGAAGGCACAAAGUAUCCAAACCGUCCUGUGGCUGAGUCAUGUGGAUUUGAAUUGUCACAACCAAAUGGUCCUAAUAGUCCUAAAAGUGUGGAUUGGGGAAAGGCUGAUCUAAAUUUAUUUACAACGAAUAAGAGCAUACAUGGAUGGUGUAAUGUUGUACCAGCUGAAGCUUAUGCAUUAAAAGUCAGAAUUAAAGAGGAAUGUGAUUGUAAAUAUGAUGGUUUAUGGGGUCGGUUUUGUGAGAUUCCUGUCCUGAGUGUUUGUCUCAAUCAAUGCUCUGGCCAUGGGCAUUGUCGGGGAGGAUUUUGCCAGUGUGAUGGGGGCUGGUUUGGGACAGAUUGCAGUAUCCCGUCAGUUAUGUCUUCUAUAAAAGAAUGGCCUCAAUGGCUUCGACCAGCUCACAUUGAUGUUCCUGAUAGCACAAAUCUUACUCGAGAUAUUUUGAAUCUAAAUGCUAUAGUUGAAAAGAAGAGGCCACUUGUAUAUGUAUACGAUUUGCCUCCAGAAUUCAACAGCCAAUUGCUAGAGGGACGUCAUUUCAAGUUCGAGUGUGUGAAUCGAUUAUACGAUCAUAAUAACGAGACAAUAUGGACAGAACAUUUGUAUGGUUCUCAGAUGGCGUUUUAUGAGAGUAUUCUAGCUAGCUCUCAUAGAACAUUAAAUGGCGAAGAAGCCGACUUCUACUUUGUUCCGGUUCUUGAUGCUUGCAUUAUUACCCGCGCAGAUGAUGCACCUUAUUUGAACAUGGAGAAACACAAAGGAAUAAGGAGCUCCCUUACUCUAGAAUUCUAUAAGAAGGCAUAUGAUCAUAUUAUUGCAGAAUAUCCUUACUGGAAUCGUUCAUCUGGAAGAGACCACAUUUGGUCAUUUUCAUGGGAUGAAAGUGCAUGCUACGCACCAAAAGAGAUAUGGAACAGCAUGAUGUUAGUCCACUGGGGUAAUACAAAUUCAAAGCAUAACCAUUCAACAACUGCUUAUUGGGCUGACAAUUGGGAUAGCAUCUCUCCUGAAAGAAGAGGCAAUCAUCCUUGCUUCGAUCCAGAUAAAGAUCUUGUUCUUCCAGCUUGGAAGAGACCUGAUGUUCAUUCCUUGAAAUCUAAGUUUUGGUCAUGGAGCCGUGAAAAGAGGAUGACUUUGUUUUACUUCAAUGGAAAUUUGGGACCGGCUUAUGAAUUUGGACGACAGGAAGAUACGUAUAGCAUGGGUAUAAGGCAAAAGAUGGGAGAAGAGUAUGGAUCAACACCAAACAAGGAAGGAAAACUUGGGAGACAACAUGCGGACAAUGUAAUUGUGACGCCUUUACGUACCGAUGAUUAUCAUAAGGGUUUGGCCACUUCAGUCUUUUGUGGAGUUAUGCCCGGAGAUGGAUGGAGUGGUCGAAUGGAAGACAGCAUUUUGCAAGGUUGCAUUCCCGUUAUUAUUCAGGAUGGGAUCUACCUUCCAUUCGAGAAUGUGCUCAAUUAUGAGAGUUUUGCUGUUAGAAUACUUGAAGAUGAGAUUCCAAAUUUGCUGAAUAUUCUCAGGAGAUUCAAUGAGACUGAAAUAAAAUUCAAGCUGGCAAAUGUACAGAAGAUCUGGCAGAGAUUCUUAUACCACGAUUCCAUUAUGCUCGAAGCUGAAAGACAGAAAUCUACAUUCGGACGAACCCCUGAUUGGAGUUCAGCGUUCUCAAAUUUAACCGAGGAUGAUGUUUUCGCCACCGUGAUACAGGUGUUACACUACAAACUGCAUAAUGAUCCAUGGAGACAGCAUCAUCUUGAUCAAAAUCAGAAGAAGGAUUUUGGGUUACCACAAGAGUGCUUGAUAAGGACCAAAUGAAAAACCCUUCUCGGAAAAUCGAUACACUUUUCUUUUUGGCAAUAUAUCUGAUACAUACAUGUAGAAUAGAGGUAUUUAAGUUAAAGGAAACUAUGGUCUGUGUUCUAGAUUUGAAUCCAAAUAGGCAAUAAAUUUCUCAAUCAGAAUCAUUCAAAGUUCAUACACAUCCCGGUUUCUAAAUGUUAUCUUCUGAAUCCACAUGUAAUAGAUUUUUAUAGUUUUGGUUUUUUGCAUUGUGAAAGAAAAGUAUACCAAAUACAUUAUUGUAAAGGAAGCUUUGUUCCAUUCAUGGUGGUUAAGAAUUACCUUAUUGUGAAUUUA